CGCCGCGCGGGCCCUGCCGCCUCGUGGCCGCGGUGCGCGCGCCCCAACCCUCCGACAACGCCGUAACACACCGCCAGUGACACUUACUCCCUUCUGCCACCGCAGACGUGCGUGUGAGUGAGUGCGCUGCCAUGCCCCAUGUGAUCGCGACCGCGGCCGGGAAUCUUCUCACCUAACCGAAAUCACGAACCGAUGCUAAAACUACAAUCCACAAAAAGUGAAAUCGGGACCAAACUGAAGUUCCCGAUGUUUAAUCAUAAGUUACCGACUGACUUUCCAAUGCAAACCCUCCGUAAGAAAACCAGCCCUUGCAAAUAUAAAAACGAGCCGGGGCGGUUUCUCGGCGAGGGGGUGUCGUUUCGCGCCAAGUUGAUCGGCGUGCUGGAGGUGCCGGAGGCGCGGGGCGACCGCAUGUGUCAGGAGGCGCUGGCCGACCUCAAGAUGGCGAUCCGCGCGGCCGGCGAACACAAGCAACGCAUUCAGGUGCACGUCGCCAUUGACGGCCUGCGCCUGCGCGAUGAUAAGACUGGUGACUCCCUAUACCACCACCCAGUCCACAAGAUAUCGUUCAUCGCGCAAGACAUGACGGACUCGCGGGCGUUUGGAUACAUAUUCGGCUCGCCGGACACCGGUCACAGGUUCUUCGGCAUCAAGACUGAUAAGGCUGCUAGUCAAGUAGUUAUAGCGAUGAGGGACUUGUUCCAAGUGGUGUUCGAGCUGAAGAAGAAGGAAGUUGAGCUGGCGAAACAGCAGCUGGAAGGGAAGACAGUCACCAGCACGUUAGUGCGACACACCAACACCAUCACCGAGCCCAAAAUAAAGAGUUUAACGACAGUAGGGGAAACAAGUCAGUCGACGUCUAAAGGCGCGGAGGCAGAGGGCGGCGUGGCGGAACUAGUAGACUUGGAACAGGAGUUGAGUUCGUUGCGGCGCGGACUCACGCAGGUCGAGGGACUGACCCCUUCCACCGACCCCUUCGGAGACUCCUUCAUUGCACCAGUCCAGUCCCAGAAAGGCCUGCUCCCGCCCCCGCCGUCGGGGUCAUCCUCCCGCGGCCGCAACACGCCCGCGUCGCGCGUCUUCUCUCCUAGCAAGAACUCGUCCACCCUACCAUUCGACCUUGCAGCCGUGGCGGCGGACUUCGAGCCACAACCCGCGACCCUGGUUGACAACAACCUUGAACCGCCGGUACAGCCGGGCCCGUCGACGUCGUUAAGUUACGACGUAUUCACCGAGCUAGACCCCCUCGGCACCGGCCGGAGUAAACCUUACGUUGACAAAAAACUCUUCUUUCAGGAGCUCAAAAAUCCGCCUAAGAAAGUGUUGAAAGACCUCGUCCCGCCGCCGACGACACAGUCGCUGCUUAGCGAUAUACUGCCGGAGAGUAAGCCCGAGCAGUACGGGCCGGCGACGACUAUGACGUCACUCACGCGGCACUCGGGCGGGACCGUGUCUAUCGCGAAACCCUCCUACUCGGGGAACUUUUUCUCAUCGGAUCCGUUCGCGGAGACGGAUCCUUUCGACAACACGGACCCGUUUUCGGAUUCGUUCAAGGACGACCCGUUCACGAGUAUGCAGGAGUUUCCAAAGUCGAUUGGACUGCGGGACGAGCUGAAGAGCAAGUUGAGUGUACUGCAGAGUGCGCUGGAGAAGCACGAGACCAGCUCGGAGAGCAAGAGUGUGUUCAACGGACCGCUGCAGGUGUCGCUGCCGCCGGAGCCCGCGCCCAAGUCGCCGCGACUACAUAGACAAAACACAGACACAAGUACAAUCCGGCAGCGACCUCAGCCGAGUUCGAAGUUGAACUCGGAGAGUGCGUCGCCGCCGCCGCCGCUACCUCCCAAGAAGAUAGCAGACCUGCCCACUGUUCGACCACCACCGCGCCCACCACACGACCACGAAGAGGACAACUCUGACACCGGCCCGCCCCUACCCAGACCCGCCAGGAAGAAGGAACCUAUGGCGGACCGCAGCACCAAGCCGCGCCUGUCAUCGGCCGCCACCAACAGCAGCGAGGAGGAGUACCUGACGCCGGCGCCGCCGCCACUGCCGGCCGCGCGCCGCUUCGACAUCACGCUCUCACAACUGCUCGUCUGCACCAUGCCAGAACUGGCUGCCAGAUUACGGGUACCAGAGGCGACGUUAUCGUCAAUGACUUUGCCACAACUCACAGAAUACCUUCGAUCAUACUUAGCUGCUGACAACGAGAGAGCGCACAUCCACGUAGAACCAACAAAGAAGAUAGAAUUAGAGAAGCCUUCAAUACUUACCACUACUAAGUCAAUAGAUAAACCUCUAAGUACUGUCCCGCCCGUGUCUGACUUCAAGCCGCAAUUCGAAGACAACUUCGAGCCACCAAGUUCCGACACUUUCGUCGCGAACUUCGACGACUUCGACAAAAAAGCCAACCCUUCCUACGAUCGAUACGCCGCCUUCAGAGAAAUACAAGAGCAAGAACUGAAAUCUAAAUCUAUACUAGAUCCAAUAGAUUCUCCCGUCAAAGAUGAACCGAAACAAGACUCAGACGAAAAAGAAGAACUAGCAGCCAUCAAUGAUCUAAUCACUAACAACGAGCGGGAAGAAGCCAAAGAAACUUCUAGAAGUCCAUUGAAAUCGCUAGACGAAUUGACGUUAGAUUCCUUCAACAUGUUUCGGAACUCUGUCAGUCCGAAGCCGUCACAGAUAGACGCGAAGAUCGAAGACAUAAAAUCCGUUAUGAAGAAUUUACAGAUUACAGAAAAAUCUAGAAGAAGUGUUUCUCCACGGGAAAACAACAUAGAUAUGAAACAAGAUGAUUCAAAUGACAGAUAUGCGGCGUUGAGAGAGAUCACUAUAACGGAGCCGCAGGACGAGUUCGAAUCUUUACCUUCUGAAGCUCCUAAAGAGAGGAAGAAGUCUGAUGAGAAAUCUGAUGGGUUUGACAAUUCUGAUUUCUUCGACUGUAUAGACAAUAGUUCUCUGUCUUUCUCACACGUGGAGGAUGCGUUCAGGAAGAGUCCAGGGGUGAAGGAGAGGGAAGAAGUUAAGGUGGAGGAGAAGAAGGAAGUGGUAGUGGAGCCGCCGGUGCGCGAGCCGGCGCCUGCUCGUCUGUCCACGGGGUCCAUCAGUGAUGUGGCUAGCGGGUCUUCGCCUGAUACUAAAGAGAAGUGCGUCCCCGGCGGCGCCCCCCGCGGCGGGCGCUGGGCCGUGCUGGGCGGCGCGGGCGCGUCCCCCUGGUCGUCGGACUCGCGCGACUCCGAGCCGCGCCCGCGCCGCCGCCGCGCGCCGCUGCACCACGACCCGCCCGCCCGCGUGCAAACAUCGUCGUCAUCAAGGGACGUGUCACCCUGGGACGAGGAGCCGCCGCCUGUCACAAGACUGCAGAGGCCGCCGUCACAUCAUAGAGACCGGGAAUCCAGCAGACACGGUUCAUCGGGCUCAAGAGAGUGUUUGGACUCGGGCAGUGGAAGGGAGAAAGACAAGAGAGAUAAGAGGGACAGAGAUAGAGAUAUCAGUAGAGAUGGAAGAGACUCGGCGAGAGACAGGAAGGAUUCCGGCAGCGGGAGGGACCGACGAGACAGUAAAGAGAGGGAUCACAGAGAACACAGGGACAGAAGAGACAGGCGGAGUAGAGAGAGAGAGAACGACUCGUGGGACCGAGACAGGACAUACAGCAGAGAGAGAGACUACAGAGACUCGCGCAGCAGGGAGCGCAAGGAGUACAGGGAGGACAGGGACCGGCACAGGAAGCCGCGACACUCCUACGACGAGGAGGAAGACUAUAGCGAUGGAUGCGGCUCCGGCAGGUCGUCACCUCGUGAGCGGUGGCCCGACCAGCGGUGGCGGAGAGACGAGAGGAAUUACGGUUCACUAGGAUGGCGGGAAUCGAGGCGGAGAAAUGAAAUUAGACAAUCAGAAGAUCCCAGUGAGAGGAGGUACGGCUCAACACUAGGCUGGCCAAGUCGAAGGUCGAGCAGCCGUCGCGAGGAGCGUGACCGCGAGAGGGAGCGUGAGCCGCGAGAAUCACGAGACUCCCGGGACUCAAGAGACUCGCGGGACUCGAGGGACUCACGAGACUCGCGAGACCCGCGACGACGCUCGCGCAGGGAGGACCAAAGGACGCGACCACGAGAUUAUAGGUUUUCAAAUGAUUUCUCCCCGCGGGAGCGGGAGCACACGUCGCCCUUCGACAACGACUUCACGGACACGCCGACACCCACCACCAAGAAACGAGCGCCGUACUCCAGCUUGGAGGGCACCAGAUUUUCAUUCGAGCCGGAGGACUCGACGGCAUCUCCAGCACUGUCGUCGGUGCGCCGCGAGACUAGCGCGGAGCCUCGGUUCCGCUUCGACUCGGACUCCGUGUCGCCGCGCUCCAUGUUCGAAGACGACUUCACUACCCUCUCUACGCCCAGAGGUCGAACGGCAUCAAUAGCAGAAGAAGACGAAUGCGACGUGCCACCGCUGCGUACCAAGCCUCAACAACAGCAUAGGGACAUCAAGAAGUCAGAAUCCGUCAACAUAUUCACUCGCGAGUCCGACCCGUUUGAAGGGGACGCGUUCUUCGCGUGCACGGGAUCGGACCGCGCCGCGCGCAGAGAGAACUGGCCCGGGGACUUCUAGGGGCUGGACAACGCGGGCACCGGGCGCUUCACGGCUUGGGGUAGGGGGUGGACGGUGACAUAACACGGACAGCCUAACUGACCUAAGUCCAACUGGCUGCAGAUCUCGCCUCGAUCAAGUGAAGGGAUUGGUUGUGAGGUAGAUGUUGAGGAUACCACGGGUUUCCGCUAUUUACAUGGACGCGACUAAUACGUACGGUUAGAACAAUAGAUACAUGCUAUGACGUCGCUUUUAAGUUAAAUAGGUGAUAUUUCAACAACUCAGAAAUCUCAUGUCCCAUAGGGUAGUUUCCAACUAGUCAAAUCAGUUACUUUUUACUAAACGUCAAAACACAAUUACUAUGGAAUUUGUAUGAAAAAGCAACCGUGACGUCAUAGAAAAACGUGACGAAAUAUCGCACUUAUUAUUACAUUUUGCUUUAUUAAAAUUCAAAAAUAAGUUAAAUAGCAAAAGAAAAGUUUUUUGUCACCUUUAGAUCUUGUCUUUUAAAUUAAAAAAAAAUCAUAAUUUAUCUUUGACCUAGGAAACUACCCAAUUCGAUUAUUUCAGAGGUUUCAAAUAUGAAUUGGGGCAUUAAAAAGGCUAACAUUGUUUCUUUUUGUUGGCAUUCAUUUACUUUUAUAUACGCAAAUGUCAAAUUGCAAUAUUGCUUUUGUAGAUAAAUAGCUUCAAUGUUUUACACCCCCAGAAGUACAGGUGAAUUGACUUCCAGUACUGGACGAGUAAGGUUUAGAACGGCAUCUGGUAACACUGAACCGCCUUUUUUCGAAUUCGCCGCGAGCGUUCACAUUAUCUCGCUCUAGCAAAUAACGGUUGUGAAUGACAGAAAAUGAUAGAGGCGUGCGAUGCGGUGCGGCCAGAUGUAGUUCAACUCUAAGCUGUCCUAGUGCGUUCACAUUCCAUGUUGUCUCAUUUUAAAGUGUUUGCCUCUACACUGGCCAAAAUGAACAUUGGUGCUAAUUCCUGCAGACUCCAUCUAAUUUUAUCUUAAGUUAUUCCUGUCAUUUUCUCAUCCGUUGAAAAAGAAAGGGACGUGUAAUCGACAGGCAUAAAAUUUAUGGCAUAAAAUUUUAAGCAGAAAUCUAAAAUAACCGUCUAAAAAUUUUACAUCGGCCAAUAACCCAACAGAAUUAAGUAGACAGCACGUCAAACGGAUUGCAUGCCAGCGAGAUGCAUAUUUUAUUUGCCCGGGUUAUUCAUUCGUUUUAAAUUUAACUUGUUGACAAUCCGUCCCUUUCCUUUUUGGCGGAUAAGAGAAUGACGGGUAUAACUUAAAAAAAAAUUAGGAGGUGUCUGCAGGAAUCGGGGCCAUCUUCUUUUACAUUUCUAUCUGUAGGUGAUAUUUUGCGUUCAAUAUUGAUUGACAAAAGUUAAUGCGUUUACACCCAAGCACUAUCCCAAACUGCCUAUUUCGUUUUAUAGACCAAGAUAGUGAAAUCAUAUUUAUUACAUUCCUAAGUGACCGUUUGUUGGACUACUCAAAGGUUUUUGAAUAAACGCAUAAGUAUUAGUAUUUUAUUAUAAUAUAUGCUCCAUUUAGUCACGUGCAUAUUAAAGAAACAUCAAUCGGUUAUCUGAAUGAAGUUUAUCUACUGACUUAUUUUUACUAUGACGAAAGUGAUGUUCUUGUAUAUGAGAAUUGUACAGUUCUCCGUUAGUUCGGAUUCUCGAUAAAAGAAAAGAUUCGUGCAACUGUAGAGAUCUGAUAUUUCAAUAUACAAGGUGUUAGUGACAUCGUACCGAAUACCGAGGGGGAUGAUUCGGCUCAUAAAUCUGAGUUAACCCUUCCACGGACAGAGACCAUGGGUCAUUCAUCGCAUCGUCAAUUUAAGAGCCACGCUCUUGUCGGUGCAGCAUUUUCCAUGCUACUUUUUAGGGAAAAAUAGGGCAGUGGUUUCCCUCUUGCCUUCCGCCCAACUCCGCUCUUGCGCGUUGGGUCAUUGAUGGUUCAUAAUAUGACACCUUGGAAUCGGAACGUCCGUAGACGUUCUGUCCUUGAAAGUGAUAAUAAUAAGUCGAAUUUUCCGUCGCGUGUUUUUUUAAAUCCACUUGAUAUUCUCUUACUCAGAAUCACGAGCUGAAUCAUCCCCCUGAGUAUUCCGUACGCUGUCACUAAUAUCCUGUAUAGCAAAAAUCUGUUUGAAAUUGCCGUAAUUUUCUUUACGAAAUAUCAAAUGUGAUAUAACAUGCUGUAAAACUGGGCAUUUCGUUGUCGCAUUUAAAAAAUAAGUAGAUAUACAUUUUUAUAUAACAAGGCAAUCGAAUAUUACAUUGUAUAAGUACGUCCGUAUCUUGCCAUUGCGAUACUAGAGGAAGUGUUGAUUGAUAUUUUUCAUAGAUCUCAUUAAUGUGUCCCUUACCAUCAUGAAUAUAGUAGGCAAUCAUUGUAUUUUAAAUAAAUAUUAAAAGAUAAAUAGAUCGUGUAUAAAAAAAUCAUUAACUUUUUGCAAUGUGUCACUCUAUAGUCCGACCACAGAAACAGAAAUGUGUGCCUAUUAGAGCGAACACAAUCUAAACUUAAUUUUAGUUUGACAGCUCUUGACGUGAGAACGGUGACGAGUUGGACACCCACUAACUUAGUUUUAACUUAAUUUGAGAGGACUAAAACUAGCUGUCUCUUUCUUGCACUUAUUACUAGUGUAGGACCAGUGGCGGCCCUAGCAAAAUAUUUAGGAGCUUAAGGCGGUGCGAGUGGUGCGACCGCUCCAGGCACCGUAAUUGGGGGUGGGGGUGGGGGGGGCAAAAUCAACCAAGACUGGUCCACCCUGGUCGCAAACUAACUUCAUCGGGUUAGAUUGUGGCCACAUAAAACUCAUACCGGGUUGCCAUAAACAACAUUUAUAAAAGGUUUAAAUAGGUAAAUUUCGGUGGUCGUAAACAAUCAAAAAAAAAAUAUUUUAAGGGGUGAGGGAUGCCACUGUAGGUCUCAUACCACCUAAAUAUUUUGCUAAGGGCCGCCACUUAUCCUACACUUGCAAUAAGUGCAAGAAAGAGACAGAGCUAGUUUUAGUCCUGUCAAAUUAAGUUAAAACUAAGUUAGUGGCUGCCCAACACGUCACCGUUCUCACGUCAAUAUAAACUUAAGACUACUUCACUUAUGUAUAUAAAUCCAUAAUAACUUAAACGAGUAAUUCCGUUCUGUGUGACUGAUACGUUUAAUCACGUAAAAUAGUAUAAUUUUAAGUUAAAUAAUUUAUUAAUAAUACAUUUGUAGCGUCACUAGCAACCUUCAAAUGUCAUAGUGUUAUGUUAUAAAUAAUAAUUAUGGAUUUGAAUCCUAGCUAUUCGGGCCCGUAAAAUGUCUUUAGGGGUAACCUGUGAUAUGUAAAAGCCAAGUUGGACGGAUGUUUGGUAUGCUGAGAGCUUACAAUGUUUCUAGCUUGCUUAGUGGAUAAUCCAUAAUUAUUCCCAUCAAUGAGGGACUUUUCUCAAACACAAUAUAGAUGGCGCUGUAAAGAUUUUCCUCCGUUUAACCUUUCAAUUUCAGGGAUAACCGACAUAUGCAUCUUUUAUCUAUGUUUUUGGGUAUAAUGAUGGAUGACCCUUUUUAUUACACCCAGGCACAAUUACAUCUACCACCCAUUAUUAUUCUGAUCAAAAUAAAGAUAGCAACAUCAUUCUAUAUAAAAUGUGAUCCAAAUAUCAAGCAACAAUUAUAAUUUUAUAUGUUUCUGUUGUUACAUACAUUUUUGAAAACCUUACUACGCCAUCUAUCGUGUUUUUUGGGAAUGCCGAUUGGAAAGUCUCUCAUUGGAAGUCAUUUUUCGAAUUUAUUGGAUCAAUCAAAAAAGUAUGUGUGUGAUUCCGUAGAACCUGCAGUUAGUUACCAUUAAUUUUGAAACCUCGAUAUUCUUGAUAAAUAAGCAAUAAUAUUUAUGCAGAUAAAUGACAGAUCUGAAGUUCAUUAUAAAUACUUAGUAAAAUAUAUUUAAUACUGUUGUCUUUUCUAAAUUACUAUAUUAUAAAUUAUAAAUAUUAUUAUAUUAUUAUAAAUUGGAAAUUACUCAUUAUUAGUCUGAACUGAAUAAAUAAACUGGCAACAUUGAUAUGAACUGCGUUUUCUGAUUGGUCAACAGUUAUUAAUGCUGCAAUAUAAACACCAUUUGGCUGUCUAUAGUGAACUCCUGAUCAUUAGAUAAUAAUAAUAAUUCUUGUUUCAUAAACAAGAUUUUAGUAAAUUGUUUAGUCCGUCUUAGAGGAAAUGAAAUAAGAGAAUCGAAGUAGUCCCUUAGAUUUCACACUUCCUGGGUUGGAAUAUAUUUCGGGCACAAAAUGUAUUUGUAUAUAGUGUUGUGUUUUUUUAUCGAAAUGUAAAUAUUUUGCUACGAACGACUGUUUGAACUGGCGACAAUGUAAAUACCGAAUAUUUUAUGAGGUACAUACGUCAGUCGUAAUGUAAUGCGUGGGUGGAACAUUACGAAUAGUUUUGUGUUGUAAUCGUA